GACCAAGGCUCUUGAAGGCUAAAGGGAAAUGGGCAACUUUCAUCCAACCAUUCGACGGCACCAUGAUUUCAACGCAGAGCGAGAUGCCAAGAAGAUAUAUAAAGCUUGCAAAGGGAUGGGCACCGAUGAAAAAGUUAUCAUUGAGCUCCUGUCCACGCGUUCAUCGGACCAAAGGCAACAAAUGAAACAGAAGUUCAAGACCUUGUAUGGCAAGGAUUUGGAAGACGUUCUUAAAGGAGAGCUGAGUGGGAAUUUUGAAAAGACAGCGUUGGCCCUCUUGGACCGGCCAUGUGAAUAUGAUGCCAGAGAACUCCAAAAAGCAAUGAAAGGAGCAGGGACUGAUGAAUCUGUACUAAUCGAGGUCCUUUGUACAAGGGUUAACCAGCAAAUCAUAGCCAUAAAGGAUGCCUACAGAAGAAUUUUCAGCAGGGAUCUGGAAUCUGAUGUUCAAAGUGAGACGAGUGGGUCCCUAAGAAAGAUCCUUCUGUCUGUGCUGAAGGCGAACAGAGAGGACGGGAUGGAGAUCAAUGACAACCUAGCUCAAAUUGAUGCUAAGAACCUUUACGAAGCAGGAGAAGGCCGCUGGGGGACGGAUGAGUUGGCUUUCAAUGAUGUCUUGGCACAGAGGAAUUACAUGCAGCUCAGAGCUACCUUUGAGGCCUACAAGCGUUUGACUGGCAAAGACAUCGAAGAUUCUAUUAAGAGUGAAACUUCUGGAGAUCUUGAGAAGGCUUAUUUAACACUUGUAAGGUGUGCAAGAGAUUGCCAAGGAUACUUCGCUACCCGUCUCUAUGAUGCUAUGAAAGGAGUAGGAACGGAUGAAGAAACUUUAAUUCGCAUCCUGGUGACAAGGGCUGAGAUCGACCUUCAAACCAUCAAGGAGAAGUUCCAGAAAAUGUACCACAAGUCUCUGGCUGAAGCCAUCCAAUCUGAUACUUCAGGAGACUUUAAGAAGCUGCUGGUUGCUCUGCUGCACUAA